AUGACACCUAAGAAGAGAGCAAAAGUGGAAAUCAUUCCCGACGAGUCUUUAACUGCUAUCCAUCAAGUCGCCUGUAUGCUGAUGAACAUCAGUGAUGUUUAUUAUUUCUUGAGUUACUAUUACAAUGAUGAGGUGGCAGUGGCUGGUUUUGGAGCACAUGUUCAGGACCAGGCUGUGACAAGAUGGCAUGAAGCAAAAAAGUCUCUGAAAUACAUCACAGGAAGAGGUAAUAAGGUCUGCCUUCCAGAUAUUCAGAGACCUGAAAUAAACAACUGGGAUCAUCUUAACUGUUUGACAACUGCUCUAAGUAUGGAAAAAGAAUUAACCAAUGUCCUGCAAAAUCUGUAUUCCACAGCCUUUAAUAUUGGAGAUACCGAAACAUUAAAAUUUGUGAGAGAGUUCAUACCUAAACAGAACACAAAUGAAGAAUUGUUGGGAAAGGAAAUCGCUGAGCUGAAGAGGCGAAAUGAGGAGGCUCAGAUGUAGGAGGAAGAGGAGGAGAAGGGAGAGGAAACACACCUGCACCCUGUCACCCUGACUUGGAAGC